AAAACCCAAGCACGUGUUCGACGCACCGGAGUACAAAAACGUGUGCUCGAAUUUUUUAUUAUUUACACCACAAAAAUAUUUAACUAAUGUAAACAUGUUGGUCGAACCCGUAUUGUCAAAUACCUCAGAAGAUUUUGGGAAACCUGCUGAGGCGCAAAAUCCUCUCUUGCAGAUACUUGGCAAGCCUCAUAUAGACUCUUUUAAUUAUAUGCUGGACGAUGGACUAGAGAAUUCCAUGAAAGAGGUAUUACCGGUUCAUUUAACUCUUGCCAACAAUGACAAAAUUGCACUUUGGAUCGAAGAUGCAACGAUAUAUCAGCCCAUGGCACCAACCGGAACAAUCGGAAUUAGAAAUCACAAAAUCUAUCCGACAGAAUGUAGGCAAAGGGGCUCCACGUACAAGGGCAAACUCAUAGGCAAAAUCGGGUGGUCCAUAAAUGGAAGACUACAAGAGCACAUUGAAAAAGAUUUGGGAGAAAUUCCUAUCAUGGUUAAGUCAAACCGUUGCCAUUUGAAUAAAUUGAGUCCUGCUGAGUUGAUAAAACAUGGAGAACAUGAACACGAAUGGGGAGGAUAUUUUAUAGUUAAAGGACACGAAAGGCUCAUACGAAUGUUGCUAAUGACUAGACGCAAUUAUCCUAUUGCAAUAAAACGAUCAGGCUGGAAAGGCCGUGGAAUCAAUUUCAGUGAUCUGGGUUUACUGAUUAGAUGUGUCCGUGACGACAAUACAGCCACGACGAACACGUUGCAUUACGUGACUGACGGUUCUGCCAAGCUAAUGUUCAGCCAUCGUAAAAUUUUAUAUUACGUGCCACUUGUCCUCAUGCUCAAAUGCCUUGCCGACGUGUCGGAUAAAUAUAUUUACAAUGCUCUCAUAGCAGGUCGGGAAGAUGAUGUUUAUUACAAAGGAUCGAUUCUCAACAUGCUACGAGCAGUACACGACGAAAAUUUGCACUCGCACGAACAGUGUAAAGCUUAUAUGGGCAAAAUGUUUAGAAUCAAACUAUACGAACUGGAUCCUAACACAACGGACAUUGAAGUCUGCGAUUACAUCGUCAAACAAUGCGUUGCCAUCCACAUCGACGAUCCAAUGGAAAAAUUUAAUCUCCUCAUAUUCAUGACUCAAAAAUUAUUUACUUGUGCGGGUGAAAAGAGCGUAGUAGAGGGUGCUGAUGCUGUGAUGAUGCAAGAAUGUCUCCUCGGUGGACAUUUGUAUCUACAAGUAUUAAAAGACAAAAUGUCAAUGUGGCUUACCAUUAUCAGAAUGUUGAUCACGAGACGAGCCAAAAGUGCGGGCAACGGGUACAAGUUGACUGUGUCGGAGAUGCUCACAAUUUUGAAACAAACUGGAACCUUCGAGAGCCAAAUGGAAAACUUCUUGGCCACUGGAAAUAUCAAAUCACAAACAGGAUUGGGACUGAUGCAGAACACCGGGUUAACUAUUGUCGCAGAAAACAUCAAUAGAAUGCGAUAUAUGAGCCAUUUCCGAGCCACGCACAGAGGCUCAUUCUUUCAGGAAAUGAGGACCACCGAAGCUAGACAACUGUUGCCUGAUGCUUGGGGUUUCAUCUGUCCCGUACAUACACCGGACGGUGCACCUUGCGGUCUUCUCAACCAUCUGACGAUGAACUGUACCUUGACACGUCACCCCGAUCCAAAAUUGAAAGCUGCGAUUCCUUCGGUUCUACUAGAUCUUGGUAUGGUUCCAAUCAACAUUGCUGACGAUUGGAAAACUUCGUACACGGUAAUGCUCGACGGAAAAGUCAUCGGUCUCAUGGAGGAUGAAAUUGUUUCGCGGGUUGUUGACAAACUUCGUUUAUUGAAGAUCGAUGGAAAGCAAGUUCCCAACACGAUGGAAAUUGUUUUGGUACCAAAGAAAAACGUGCCAUCGCAGUAUCCAGGUCUCUUUUUGUUCACCGGACCUGCACGCAUGAUGAGACCGGUUCUCAACUUAAUUGCAAAUAAAGUUGAACUCAUCGGAACUUUUGAACAAGUUUACAUGCACGUUUCCGUCACACCUUCCGAAGCCUACGAAGGCUUAACUACACAUCAAGAGCUCGCUAAAACAUCGUUUCUCAGCAAUCUUGCUUGUCUCAUUCCCAUGCCCGAUUGCAAUCAAAGUCCAAGAAACAUGUACCAGUGUCAGAUGGGUAAACAAACAAUGGGCACACCUUGCCAUACGUGGCAACUACAAUCCGAGACGAAAUUGUACAGACUUCAGACUCCUGGAACUCCAUUAUUCAGACCUGUGCAUCAUGAUAAUAUAAAUUUGGACGAUUUUGCUAUGGGAACUAACGCAAUCGUUGCGGUCAUUUCUUACACGGGUUAUGACAUGGAAGAUGCGAUGAUAAUAAACAAAUCAGCUUACGAACGAGGUUUGGCUCACGGCAUGAUUUACAAGUCCGAGUUCAUCGAUCUCAAAGAUCCAAAAAGUUACUUUGCUCGUGAUCCUGAGAAGCAAGAACUUGCAGAGAAAUUGGAGCCUGACGGUUUGCCGAAUCCUGGAACUCCGCUCAAAGACGGGGAUCCUUAUUACUGCAUGUACGAUGCUGAACAGUCACGAUACGUGAUUGGAAAAUACAAAGGCAAGGAAGAAAUUUUCGUAGAUAAUGUGCGACUUUGUGGGACGUUCCACAAUCACGUGCCUCGACGAGCCUGCAUAACAUUCCGCGUUCCACGUAAUCCAAGUGUCGGCGACAAAUUCGCGUCACGAGCCGGACAAAAAGGUAUUUGCUCGCAAAAAUGGCCAGCCGAAGAUUUGCCGUUCACGGAAACUGGUCUCGUACCCGACAUUGUUUUCAAUCCUCACGGUUUUCCAAGUCGUAUGACAAUUGCUAUGAUGAUCGAGGUCAUGGCCGGUAAAUCAGCAGCGAUUCACGGACUGGUACACGACGCGACGCCUUUCCGCUUCACCGAGGACGACACAGCCGUCGAUUAUUUUGGAAAAUUAUUAGAACUCGGUGGUUAUAAUUACUACGGUACCGAAAGAAUGUACUCGGGCAUCGACGGCCGCGAAUUGACAGCAGAUAUAUUUUUCGGUGUGGUUCAUUAUCAAAGGCUGCGGCACAUGGUUUCGGACAAAUGGCAAGUCCGAAGUACUGGUCCCAUCGAUAUGUUGACCAGACAACCCAUCAAGGGUCGACGGAGAGGUGGCGGCGUGAGAUUUGGUGAAAUGGAACGUGAUUCAUUGAUAUCUCAUGGAUGUGCUUUCCUGUUGCAAGAUCGGCUGUUCCACUGUUCCGACAAAACAACGACUCUCGUGUGUAAAAAGUGUGGAACACUUCUGGGUCCAGUGACGGAGCUGGUGAUGAACAACACAGGUUGGGGCGAGAGCAGGAAACGUUGCAGACUGUGUGGAACGGACGACAGUGUUAGAGAAGUCGACAUACCCUACAUAUUCCGUUAUUUAGUAACGCAGUUAACAUCUUGUAACAUAAAUAUAAAACUUGCUUUCACGGAGAUUUAAAUUGUUUGGAAAUGCGGUGAAAAAUAAAUUUUUAAAGGAA